UGUAUUGGUUUCCUUUUCCUUUCUACUAGAUUGCCUUUUUCUAGAUGGCUAGCAUUAGCACUAGCUAUCUACUCGACGCAAGUCAAUAAACACUUUGAAGUAGACAUUAAUUGGUUUAUUCCGAGUCCUUCCUGUAAACAAAUGGUAGAGCUAGCCUAGCUAGCGAGACUAUGUUAGGUAUUUCUAUAGCCAGCGGUCUGUGGAUAGCUAGCACUUGACUUGUUAUCUCAGCCUAGCUAGCUAACCAGACUAGGCUACGUAAACCGGAACUUACUAUGAAUUCACCAAAGAAACUAACAAUUUCCCCACCUUGCCUCACAACUAUUUAACAAUCUUUAUGUCCCUUUGUUACAGGGAGAAAAGACAGCCAUCCACAAUGGUCCUCAGUCAGUAUGAUGCGGGCAGGAGUUUGACGACUGCGGCAGCAAGGGGGGACACGAGUGAGGUCCGAAGGAUGCUGGAGGAAUGCAGAGUGCACCCCGAUACUGUCAAUGAAUUUGACAAGACCGCUUUACAGGUGAUGAUGAUGGGCAACGUCACCAUUGCCAAUUUACUACUGGAGCACGGAGCAGACCCAAACAUUCAGGACCGCCAAGGAGUGACACCAGCGCAUGACGCGGCGCGCACCGGAUUUCUGGACACGCUCCGAGUCUUGGUGGAGUUCGGUGCCUCCGUCAAUACACCAGAUCAGAGUGGUGCCCUGCCCAUCCACAUAGCCAUUCGAGAAGGCUUCCUGGAUGUGGUGGAGUUCCUGGCUCCACGCUCCAACCUCAAACACACCAACACCAGCGGACGCACUGCGUUGGAUGUGGCGCGAGAAUCGUGUACAGCCGACGUUGUGGAACUGCUGGAAAGGCAGUUGGAAUCCUGUGGCUUUCAGUCUUACUCCCCACCAACACCUCCUAUAGGGGUAGUAGGCUGUAGUGUUUCUGUGGGACAGGAGUCGGACUUCCAACCCCUGCCCCCAUCCACCCAACCCACUCUCCUCUCAACCCAACCCACUCUCCUCUCCUCUCAACCCACUCUCCUCUCCUCCCAACCCAACCCACUCUCAACCCAAUCCAACCCACUCUCAACCCAACCCAACCCACUCUCCUCCCAACCCAACCCACUCUCAACCCAAUCCAACCCACUCUCAACCCAACCCAACCCACUCUCCUCUCAACCCAACCCACUUUCAACCCAACCCACUUUCAACCCAACCCAACCCACUCUCCUCUCAACCCAACCCACUCCUCUCAACCCAACCCACUCUCCUCUCAACCCUGGUAACUUGAAUUUAUUGCUGUGA